AUGGCCAAGUUGGUGCGGGACGAGAUCCUCGAGGUCUUGAAAAUCGCUAGUAAUUAUAUGAUGAGCGUUUCGUUAAGGGAGUCGAAUCUCACUGAGGUAUUUGCCCUCGGUAAUAUUUCAAAAUCCCAUGCGAGUCCAGAGGUAUAUCUUCCGAUGCAGGCUUGGGCACUGGCGUGGAAACUUCUUGAUCAGGAUGCAGCCUCAAGAAACGAAACCUCAACUGUACAGAAGCAACAGACUCGGCAAAAACCCAUCGCAUUGAUCAAUUGCCACUCUAUCCGCCUCUGGCUGUAUUUCCAUACGGCCUCCUCGUUGAAAAAUGUUCCUCCUGAAAAGGCAGGAAGGGCCUAA